UUUUAGAAUGUCAAAGCAAAAGGCUUUAAAACAAUAUGAAUCCCAGCCAAUUUAUUAUUGCAACCAUUCGAAUGUGUGCGGAUUUGAACGCCGCAUGCUUUAGCGAGCCUCCCUGGGAGCAACGAGGAGGGUUUCGCAGAAGUGGCUCGGCGUCACGCAGUGCCGAUCAUUGUCUCCCUCACACUUUCUAACGAGCCAUUUCACAACAUCCACACAGCGGACAGAGCUCGCCACGGAGCGGAGCAGAGCAACGCCGCGCAGCUUCCUUCUUCUUUGCAAGUGUUUGGAUUAAACGCGCAGAUGUGGCCACUUGUGGGACUUGGUGUCACAUUAUGUGUGUUUACCGAUCGACUGGCGCUCGUUUGCAAACAGCACAAGUGAUUGGCUUCGCUCUGAAUGAAGCUCCAGGCACUUUUUGUCUCCGCGCUGGACGUCAUGUGCACGUUGGCGGAUUUGUCGCGCAGAGAGUCGCCGAGUGAGCGCGAUUGCGGAUUACACUGACACUGGAAGCGUUUAUUUGGUUUGAAAAAGAGGGGCUUUCCCAGGCGGCGUGGCGUGGGCGUCUGGUCCACCGUCCUCUGGGUUCCCGGAGGACUCCAUGCAGUCGCAAAGGCAGAGGAGUGAAGGGCGACCCCGAGCUGGAUGGAUGGUUAUGGGGAAGAGAGGCAGACCCUCAGCGCUUCAAGUGUGCAGAGUCCUCGCUCUCUUCUUAUCACUCUUCCCUACAGCAAGUCUACAGUGCAAGAUCCUCAAGUGCAACUCAGAAUUUUGGGCCUCCACGAGCAACUCGGGGCCGGAGGAGGACUUCUGCACGGCGCUACGCGCGUACAACAGCUGCGUGCGGCGAACCGCCCGCACCUGCCGAGGCGACUUGGCGUACCACUCGGCCCAGCACGGCAUCGAGGACCUCAUGAGCCAGCACAACUGCUCCAAGGAGGGACCCACGUCGCAGCCACGUGCCCGCACCCAGCUCCCGGCCGCGCCGUCGCCGCCCGACAGCCAGGAGCGCUCGGACGGCCCGGAGGUGUGCCACUACGAACGCAGCUUCCCGCGUAACGCCGCUCGGCCCAAUUUCACGCACUGCGGCUUCUUCGGGGACCCCCACUUGAGAACCUUUGGAGAUGACUUCCAGACGUGCAAGGUGGAGGGCGCCUGGCCGCUCAUUCACAACAAGUACCUGUCGGUCCAGGUGACCAACACCCCCGUGUUGCCCGGGUCCUCCGCCACGGCCACGAGCAAGCUGACAAUCAUCUUCAAGAACUUCCAGGAGUGCGUGGACCAGAAGACGUAUCACGCCGAGACGGACGAGCUCCCCGCCGCCUUCGCCGACGGCUCCAAGAACGGCGGCGAGCGGCACGGCGCCAACGCCCUCCGCGUGGUGGAAAAGGUGCCCGGCCAGCACGUGGAGAUUCAGGCUCGCUACAUCGGCACCACGCUGGUGGUGCGGCAGGUGGGCCGCUACCUGACCUUCGCUGUGCGCAUGCCCGAGGAGGUGGUGCGCUCGGUGGAGGAGGAUGACGGUGGCGACGGCGAGCAGGACUUGUAUCUGUGUCUGCACGGCUGCCCCGCCAACCAGCGUAUGGACUUCAGGAAGCUGCGCAACCAGGCUGGCGGCUUCAGCUACCAGGCGGCCAGGGCCAAGUGUAAGGAGCGUCUGCCCGUGGAGGAUGUCUACUUCCAGUCGUGCGUCUUUGACCUGCUCUCGUCCGGGGACAUCAACUUCACCAUGGCCGCUUACUAUGCCCUGGAGGACGUCAAGACGCUGCACUCCAACAGCAAGCGCUAUCACAUCUAUGACAAGGACGCCUUCGCUAGCUGCGCCGCGGCACAUCGCUUCUCACUCCAGUUCGUCGUCGCCCUCUUGUGGUGCACGCUUGCUCUUUAGCCACUCCAAUGAGUCCUUGGGAAUGUCCGCCUGGGCUUCCAUUGGCUGGGGCGGUUGAGGCGUUGCUUCAUCCAACCCAAGCCAGACAAGUCAGAGAAGGACAACAUGAGGGCUUUUGAUCGCUCACGGUGUCAAGCUCUUUUUGGUCGUUUUGGUGUCCCCUCCGCCGUCGUGAAUGUGAAAGCAUCUCAGCGUAUAGUCGCCUCGUUCAGUGAACAUUUUUCUUUUCAAGGAGCCACACUCGAUACAGUUGAAAACUAAUUUUCAAGACAGAAGCAAGCUUGCUUCAAGCCGUUUAUGAAGUUUACUGUCAAAUUUGCCCUAAAAA